AUGCGGGACAUCCGAUACAAGUGGAACGAGGGGCCAAACUCUGUGGGCGUAUCGAGCGAGGUGUCGCUGCCGCAGUUCAAGGUGCUGGGCCAUCGCCAACGAGCUAUGGAAAUUUCUCUCACCACAGGAAACUACUCCCGAUUGGCGUGCGAGAUUCAGUUCGUUCGCUCUAUGGGAUACUAUUUGAUUCAAAUUUACAUUCCAUCAGGGCUGAUCGUCAUCAUAUCGUGGGUGUCUUUUUGGUUGAACCGAAAUGCGACACCCGCUCGAGUGUCCUUGGGUGUAACUACUGUCUUGACUAUGACAACCUUAAUGUCUUCAACAAAUGCUGCUUUACCUAAAAUUUCCUAUGUGAAGUCAAUCGAUGUCUACCUAGGAACUUGCUUCGUGAUGGUCUUCGCUAGUCUACUAGAAUAUGCUACUGUUGGAUAUAUGGCAAAACGAAUACAAAUGAGGAAACAACGUUUCACCGCUGUCCAAAAGAUGGCUGCUGAGAAGAAAAUGCAUAUAGACGGACCCCCUGGAACAUCGGAACCCCUUCCUCCUCCAAGGACUAGUACUCUGACAAGACCUUUACCGCCAAGUCGAUCAUCGACAGAAAGAAAGAUCAAUGCCAUGGAGGGUCAUUGUUUUGAUCGUUAUAAAGGGUUAAUUGAGUACUUUAAGAAAAAUCUAUAAAUUGAUUUUCAAAUUGUAACACGAUCUUGAUCAGCUUAUAAAUAUGCCCACCGCCGGAGAGAAGCCUAAACAAAGGAUGGAAUCAAAUGGGAGUGCGAAUUGGUGAGUGAUAACGGCUGCAAAUAACAAAACCAACGGUACCGAAGCACGGAAGAGAUCGAGAUUACAUAUUUUCGGUCACCCAUCAGAUUACCGGCCCUGGCAAAAGUUACUUUAACUCCGUAUAGCAGAUCUUUUAAUAAUCGCACCUUCGGUCACCUUAGGAUGAUUUAAAUAUGAAACCGAAAUCUGGCUGAUUAUAUAUAUUUCUUAAUUUGUUAAUUUAGGAGGUGCGAUUCAAAAGUACAUGACCCGAAAGCUUACUCUAAAGGGGGAACUUUGGAAAAUACUAUUAAUGGGGCUAGGGCCCCACCACCGCCACCUGUUCCGCAACCUGAAGAAGAAGCUGCUCCACCACCUCAUCUCUUGCAGGCUUCAAAGGGAAUCAACAAACUUCUCGGCACUACACCCUCGGACAUCGACAAAUAUUCGCGCAUCGUGUUCCCCGUUUGUUUCGUCUGUUUUAAUCUUAUGUACUGGAUCAUUUACCUGCAUGUGUCCGAUGUCGUCGCUGAUGAUUUGGUGCUACUCGGCGAGGAGAACUAA